AUGGGGGACCACAUGACGGGGCACAACAAGGAGAAGCGUUACGAGUGCGACAUGUGUGGCAAGGCCUGGCGGUGCCCGAACGAGCUGGAGGCCCACCGGCGCGUGCACAGCAGUGAACGGCGCUUCACCUGCUCCGACUGUGAUAAAGGCUUCAAGUCGUACUUGAACCUGAAGAGGCACAGGUGCCUGCACACGGGGGAGUGCCCCUACACCUGCAGCGACUGUGGCAAGGGCUUCACUCGGUCCAAUCACCUGCUGUUACACCAACACACCCACACCAGUGAGCGUCCCUAUACCUGCGCCCAGUGCAACAAGGGCUUCACCCGCUACAACAGACCGCGGGAGCACCGGCGCACCCACACUGGUGAGAGCCCCUACACCUGCGUCCAGUGCGGCAAGGGCUUCCCCAGCCGGUGUGUGGAGAGUGACUUGCCAUGGGCUCCCACGCCCUAG